AUGGCCCGGAUAGCCAACACCCUCUGCGGUUUGCGCAGAAGCGCUUGGGUCCGGCGCUUCAGGGUGUCAGCCCAAACGGGAGCUCCGUACAGGGCCAUGGAUCGCACGACUCCGGCGUAUAAGCGACGACAGGAGUCGUUGGGGCCGCCAACGUUCGGGAGCAGCCUACCGAGAGCUGCCGCUGCUUUCGCCACUUUGGGAGCCAGUCGCUCGAAGUGGGCCCGGAAAUCCCAUAGGCGAUCUAAAACUAGGCCUAGAUACCUUAUCGUAGGUGCUACGUCGACACGGACCCCACACACAAUAAUG